UGGAAAAGCCACUACCACUAACUUAACAAUUGAAACACCUUAUAAACUGAACUUGAACAAAGAUGAUCGAUCUUUUAAUUUCAACAAUUCUAUCUAUCUGAAGGAGAAUAAUUAGAAUGGGAUUUUGGGGGCUGUUGGUGGUGGCAUCGAUGCCGAUAUUGCAGGUGUUGAUCAUAAGUGCAAUCGGAGCUUUCAUGGCUACUGAUUACCUCAACCUACUUCCCAGCAACACUCGAAAUUCACUUAACAAGAUUGUGUUUGUGGUAUUUACGCCUUCACUUAUUUUUACAAGCCUUGUGGAGACUGUCACCUUUCAAGACAUCAUCUCAAUGUGGUUUAUGCCAAUAAAUAUAGGAAUAACAUUUUUAUGUGGAGGAAUAUUGGGAUGGAUAGCAGUAAAACUAAUCAAACCAAAGCCUCAUUUGGAAGGCCUCAUCAUGGCUAUGUGUUCAACAGGAAACUAUGCAAAUCUUCUGGUGAUAAUGGUUCCUGCAAUCUGCACAGAUAAUGGCAGCCCAUUCGGUGAUCAUGCCAUCUGUAAGGCUAAGGCUCUCUCUUAUGCAUCAUUCUCCAUGGCUUGGGGUAGUUUCUACACGUGGACAUGUACUUACCAAAUGAUCCAAGCCUCAGCUUUAAAGUACAAUGCAAUAAAAGAAACCGAGGAAUUGUCAAAUCAUGCAAAUCAAAACACUCAUAUACUCGAUACAAAUAAUGAUCAUAUUGAUCAAAUCAUGCCUUCAUCAAAUUUGACUAGUCAAGAUAUAGAAAACCAAUGUACUGUUCAACAAACGUCAGUAGGGAAUGUAAAGAAGAAAGAUGGAUCGAUUUCAGAUAAAUUAGUAGAAAUACUGAAGAAAAUAGUAAAUCAACUACUAGCUCCACCAACCCUUGGCUCUUUUGCAGGACUCAUUAUUGGUGCAAUCCCAUGGAUAAAACAUCUUUUAACUGGCGAGAAAGCUCCUUUACGGGUGAUUCAAGACUCAAUGACAUUACUCGGGGAUGGAACCAUACCUUGUUUGACUCUUAUACUAGGAGGCAACCUCACACAAGGUCUACGAAAGGCGAGCGUGGGGCCCACAAUCAUCAUCACGGUUAUGAUAGUGAGAUAUUUGAUUCUUCCUGUUGUUGGGAUUGGUGUGAUAAAAAUGGCUACAAAUAUGGGAUUGGUUCCGGUGGACCCGCUCUUCAAAUUCGUGUUGUUGAUAAUGUUUGCUCUGCCACCUGGCGUCAAUAUCAGUACAAUGGCUGAAUUGUUUAGUGUUGGGCAAGAAGAGUGUGCGAUGCUUAUGAUGUGGACUUAUUUGGCUGCUGCUUUUGCUCUUACAACUUGGUCAUCUGUUUACAUGUGGAUUUUAUCUUGAAAUUUUUGUACCUUUUAAAUUUGCUGUAUGUUAUGUUUGAUUGUCUAUUUUGAUUUUUAAUAUCUAGCUAAUUGAUUAAAAAAGUUGUUUAGCACCAUUUUAGUCCACAUAUGUGAGCUCUUGUGCAUUUAGUAGCCACAUAUGACCACAUUUGAAGGUCAAUUUAGUCAAUCAUGCCGCCACUUUUGUAUUUUUAGUGUUUUUAAUCUUUUAAACGAAUGUGCUUUUGAAAAAAAAAAAAUUAAUAUGUGAUAUGAAUAUCUUUU